AUGAAGCUCUCUAUCAUUGCAGCUCUGGGUGCCGCCACCCUGGUCACCAGCAGGACCAUCAAGACCGCCAACCAUGUGGCAAUGGAGCAGUUGAUGGCCAUGAAGGUGUCUACCCGCGAGAAGCUCCGCGACGACGGGUACUUCGCGGCUGGGAGAUGGAAGUCCACCAAGAAGGUGCAGGCCUGUACCAAUGGCAAGGCUGGGGAGUACAGCUGUAACGGCGUGGACCUACAGGCCUUUGCGAGCCACGAAGACUUGGGAAGCAAGACCAAGGAAGGCAAUGAUAUCUGGGGCUGGACGUCAGAUGAUGGCCGUGAGUUUGGUGCCGUUGGACAAACCGACGGAACCGCCUUUGUGGAGGUCACCAAGGAUGGCCAGAUCAAGUACCUGGGAAGACUCCCCACCCAGACAAAGAAUAGCAUUUGGCGUGACAUGAAGGUCGUUGAUGGAUAUGUCUACAUUGGAUCUGAAGCUCCAGGGCACGGCCUGCAAGUCUUCGACCUCCGUAAACUUCUGACGGUCACCGAGCCCAAGGUCUUCGAUAUCACAAAGGACCUCACGGCGUGGUUCAAGGGUUUCGGCAGCUCCCACAACAUCGUUUCGCACGAGGAAGCCAACAUGAUCUACGCUGUCGGUACUGCACUCAACUCGUCAUGCAAGGGCGGCCUAUUCAUGGUCGAUGUCUCAGACCCUGCGAACCCCACUUCGCCCGGCUGCGCCAGCGAAGACGGAUACGUGCAUGAUGCUCAAUGCGUCAUCUACAAGGGCCCAGACUCCCAGUACAAUGGCAAGGAGAUCUGCUUUAACUACAACGAAGACACUCUCACCAUCGUCGACGUGACCGACAAGUCUACGCCCAGGCAGAUCUCCAAAACCCCAUACGUGGGCUCCUCCUACACCCACCAGGGCUGGAUCAUCGACCCGGAGAAUAUGGCGUACCUCCUCCUCGACGACGAGCUCGAUGAGGUGAAAAAGACCGGUGAGGCCGCAAACGGCCACACCACGACGUACAUCUUCGACGUCAGCACCCUCGCCAAGCCCGCCUACAAGGGACUUUACCAGUCGCCCGUCAAGUCUGUCGACCACAACCAGUACAUUAUCGAUGGCCUGUCGUACCAGUCCAACUACGGCUCCGGACUGCGCAUCGUCGAUGUUAGCUCCGUUGCCCAGGACCCUACCGGCAAGGGGUUCAAGGAGGUUGGUUUCUUUGAUUGCCACCCUGAGGAUGAUGCGGUUGGUGGUGAGGUCGAGUUCUUUGGCUCGUGGAGCGUGUACCCAUACUUCAAGAGCGGAUAUAUCCUGUUGAACAGCAUUGAGAGGGGUCUGUACUCGCUGAAGCGCAGCGCGUAA